AUGCCUUCAAUACCCAUCCACCCUAAGAAGGGCCGACUUGGAAGUCGUAAAUCCAACAAUGGCUGCAUUACAUGUAGGAUUCGAAGAGUGAAAUGUGAUGAGCAGAGACCUUCGUGUCAAAGAUGUGUCAGUACUGGCAGGCGCUGUGAUGGUUAUCAGACAACACCCAUACGGUCACCAUCUUCGAGUGCCACUAUAUCCAACCAAAUCAGCACCAUCCAGACCUUUUGUUCCGUGGAUGCACGAGAGAUUCAAGCUUUCGAGUACUUCAUCUAUGAAGUCGUUCCUGGCUUCUCCCGGAGUGUGGAUAAAGAAUUCUGGCAUCGAACACUUCCACAACUUAGCCACGCUGAGCCUUCUCUAUGGCAGGCAAUGAUCGCUAUGUCUUGCUUGAUCCAGUACCCUCAAUAUUCGGCAGCUCCGACUCUACCGGCUAGCCCUAAGAAUCCCGUCUCAAAUGAAAAUCAUCGGAGAGCUCUGACUUGGUAUGGCCAAUCACUCGCUAGUCUGAGAGAUAGUCUCAAACCCGGACCAAAGCCAUCUUCGAUCGCCAUUCUUCUUUGCAUCAUCUAUGCAUGUAUCGAAUGUCUACAGGAUCACGUCACUGAAGCUAUCGCUUUAUAUCGGAAUGCUGUCGCCAUGAUUGGCCUUGCACCUCCCACUGAUCCUGAACAGCGCGGUAAAUUAGGAUUUGAAACCCAACUUGACUCUAAAAUACGAGCUAUGCUACGGCACGAGACCAUGUCGCAUGGUCUUCCUGUUCCUCGACCGAACACACUCCUGGACUCGAGUUCUGGAUCAUUCAAAAAUCUUGUCGACGCUCACGAAGAGCAAUACGUUUUGAUCACCGAGGCUCAGACCUUUAUUCAGCAAGUUGUGAGGACGAAAGAGAUGCACGGCAAGAUAUGGGCUGUACCAGCUGAGAUGAUAAUUCAACAAGAACGACACCAAACACAGAUGAUCCGGUGGCAAAAUGCUUUUAACGACACCGCCUGCAGUACAUCCCUCAUGACCACCCCAGAUGAAGUUGAGCUAAGGUCAGUCCUCCACAUCGCAUAUAUGGUAUAUUUCAUCUGGCUUUCAGCGUGCCUGAGCAAUCAUGAAACCGCCUUUGACGCGUAUGUGCCAUAUUUCGCUUCCAUCCUUCAGCACUCCGAACGAGUCAUAUUGAGUAAAGAAUCAAAAGGCCGGGCGGCUUUUGUUCUCGAAACUCGAGUUAUCCCAUCAUUGUACUUCGUUGCGAUAAAAUGUCGAGAUCCACGCAUUCGACGCCGAGCUGUAUCCUUGCUGCGCAGAGGUCCAAAGGUGGAGAACACCUGGAAGGCCGAACCCAUGGCGCACGUCGCCGAGCGAUCCAUUGAUGCUGAAGAGACAGGUUUGCUACAUGGUGACCCUGUCGCUAAUGCAAACCCGUGGCCCAGAGACAAACUUCCUCCAGAGUGCAAUCGGCUCUACAGGCAAGAAGUCGUUGACCUCAGACGUAAAACGAAAGAUGAACCCGAUCAUCAUCUCGUUCUGUUCGGAUGGCGAGAGGAUGAAACCCAUGAAUGGUCAAGGAUGACCAAGACGAUAAAGUACCUUCCAGCUUGA